AUGUGCGCGAUUACAGGCACAGGCUGGCUCUUUGGCCUCACAGACGCUGAGGCUCAGCAGUGGUCAAGGGAGAGGAAGACAGGGAAAAGGGUUAAGGAAAUUCAUUUGGUGGCCCCAGCCUCUCUGGGCCUGGGAUGUACCGCCUUCGCCCAGGCUGCUCGCUGCGCCUUUAAAGUCCACUGGGAGUGUGAUGUCAGAGUCCUGCAGGCACUUGGAGAGGAAGCUUUGCGCCGGGUGCACUUCCACCACGCGCCCUGGCGUGCGCGCCGCCUGCUGCUGGGAGUCCCCCGACGCGGCGCGUCCUCUUGGGUGGUCUUCCCAGCUUGCAGUGGGAGCUUAACUCUGAAAACUUCACAGGGAUUCGACCCGAGCUUCCGAUUUGCCCCAAAGUUAGAACCCAUUGAACUUGAUCCGGUUCUGCGGGAAGGAGGGGAUGAGAAGGGUCUGGAGGUUUUAAACCAAGGGGAAAUUUAUUCUGAAGGUGCAGCCAGUGUCAUUGUUGGCCACCCUCUGGACACAGUCAAGACUCGCCUGCAGGCCGGCGUGGGCUAUGGGAACACACUCAGCUGCAUCCGCAUGGUGUACAGGAGGGAGAGUGUGUUUGGCUUCUUCAAGGGCAUGUCCUUCCCCCUCGCCAGCAUCGCCGUCUACAACUCGGUGGUGUUUGGGGUCUUCAGUAACACACAGAGGUUCCUUAGCCAGCGCCGCUGCAGGGAGCUCGAGGCCAGCCCCUCCCACACCCUGUCUGACCUGCUCCUGGCCAGCAUGGUGGCCGGCGUGGUCUCCGUUGGGCUGGGCGGGCCCGUGGACCUCAUCAAGAUCCGUCUGCAGAUGCAAACACAGCCCUUUCGAGAAGCCAAUCAGCAUUUGAAGCCCAGGGCAGUGGCUCUGGGGGGGCAGCCAGCCUAUCAUGGGCCUGUGCACUGCAUGGCAACCAUUGUGCGGAGUGAGGGCCUGGCGGGCCUGUACCGGGGUGCCAGCGCCAUGCUGCUGAGGGAUGUCCCAGGCUAUUGCCUCUACUUCAUCCCCUACGUGUUCCUGAACGAGUGGAUCACCCCCGAGGCCUGCGCAGGCCCCAGCCCCUGUGCUGUGUGGCUGGCAGGAGGCAUGGCAGGAGCAAUUUCUUGGGGGACAGCCACUCCUAUGGAUGUUGUGAAAAGUCGACUCCAGGCUGAUGGGGUUUAUUUCAGCAAAUACAAAGGUGUCCUGGACUGUAUCUCCCAGAGUUACCGAGAGGAAGGUCUUAAAGUGUUUUUCAGGGGCAUCACCGUGAACGCUGUUCGGGGUUUCCCCAUGAGUGCGGCCAUGUUCCUUGGCUAUGAGCUCUCGCUGCAGGCAAUCCGCGGGGACCACACAGUGACAGACCCGUAAGCCCAGGUCAGUGUGCUUCCCUCCCAGCCACUGGG